GGCAGGCCACCGGGCGGGCGGCGGAGGCGCGGGGCCUGGUCCCGCAGGCACCAUGGCCAAGACCGUGGCCUAUUUCUACGACCCGGACGUGGGCAACUUCCACUACGGGGCCGGGCACCCCAUGAAGCCCCAUCGCUUGGCAUUGACCCACAGUCUGGUCCUGCACUACGGUCUUUAUAAGAAGAUGAUCGUCUUCAAGCCAUAUCAGGCUUCCCAGCAUGACAUGUGCCGCUUCCACUCCGAGGACUACAUUGACUUCCUGCAAAGAGUCAGCCCUACCAAUAUGCAAGGCUUCACCAAGAGCCUAAAUGCCUUCAACGUGGGCGAUGACUGCCCUGUGUUUCCCGGGCUCUUUGAAUUCUGCUCCCGUUACACAGGCGCAUCUCUGCAAGGAGCAACCCAGCUGAACAACAAGAUCUGUGAUAUUGCCAUUAACUGGGCUGGUGGUCUGCAUCAUGCCAAAAAGUUUGAGGCCUCGGGCUUCUGCUAUGUCAAUGACAUUGUGAUUGGCAUCUUGGAGCUGCUCAAGUACCAUCCUCGGGUGCUCUACAUUGAUAUAGACAUCCACCAUGGUGACGGGGUUCAGGAAGCCUUCUACCUCACUGACCGGGUCAUGACAGUGUCUUUCCACAAAUAUGGAAACUACUUCUUUCCUGGAACAGGUGACAUGUAUGAAGUCGGAGCAGAGAGUGGCCGUUAUUACUGUCUCAAUGUGCCCCUGCGGGAUGGCAUUGAUGACCAGAGUUACAAGCACCUUUUCCAGCCGGUUAUCAACCAAGUGGUGGACUUCUACCAACCCACAUGCAUUGUGCUCCAGUGUGGAGCUGACUCUCUGGGCUGUGAUCGAUUAGGCUGCUUCAACCUCAGCAUUCGAGGCCAUGGGGAAUGCGUUGAAUAUGUUAAGAGCUUCAAUAUCCCUCUACUGGUGCUAGGUGGUGGUGGCUAUACUGUUCGAAAUGUUGCCCGUUGCUGGACUUAUGAGACAUCACUGCUGGUAGAAGAGGCCAUUAGUGAGGAGCUUCCUUAUAGUGAAUACUUUGAGUACUUUGCCCCGGACUUCACACUCCAUCCAGAUGUCAGCACUCGCAUUGAGAAUCAGAACUCACGCCAGUACCUGGAUCAGAUCCGUCAGACAAUCUUUGAAAACCUGAAGAUGCUGAACCAUGCACCUAGUGUCCAGAUUCAUGAUGUGCCUGCAGACCUCCUGACUUACGAAAGGACAGAUGAGGCUGAUGCAGAGGAGAGGGGUCCUGAGGAGAACUACAGCAGGCCAGAGGCACCCAAUGAGUUCUAUGAUGGAGACCAUGACAAUGACAAAGAAAGUGAUGUGGAGAUUUAAGAAUAGCUGGACUUCCUGCAUCCCAGAAAAGUUCUUUUUACCUCUUGGUUAGGCGGGAAGGAAAAGGUGUGGCUGGCACCUUCAGCACAUUUAUCAACAUGGGGGAAGGUUUUGGAGACCAUAUUUGGUUCUAACAAACUACUGCCUUCCCUCUCCCUCCCAAGGCCUGACAUUGGUACCUAUUAGGGAUUGGAUAGGGACAAGGAUGUUGUCCCUACUACAUCUUAGGCAGUGGGCCUUAGAAAUGAGUCCCUAGCCCUUCUUUUCUUCCUUCAUGCUCCCCUCCAACCCUGAGACUUUUAGGGAUGAACAGGUAGACAGAAAUGAAGUUGUCUUUGACUUCAUCCUCUCCUGGAUUCAGCUUUGGGGGUCUUGCUUCCAGUGCAGGUGAAGAAUGAGGGAUUUUAGGAGACAUCGGCUCCCUUAACCCCAGAUGAUGGGAAGUAUAGUUUUGAGUGGGAGAGGAAUGUGAAAAUGUCCUCUUGUAACUUUUGACUUUAUGUCCAUUUUACCACUGUUUUUACCCAAUAAACCAAGUUGGUAUUUUUUGUA